AUGUGGGUGCGGUGCAGCGUAUGUGCGUGCGGUGCAGCGUAUGUGCGUGCGGUGCAGUGUAGGUGCGUGCGGUGCAGCGUAUGUGCGUGCGGUGCAGCGUAUGUGCGUGCGGUGCAGCGUAUGUGCGUGCGGUGCAGCGUAUGUGCGUGCGGUGCAGCGUAUGUGCGUGCGGUGCAGCGUAUGUGCGUGCGGUGCAGCGUAGGUGCGUGCGGUGCAGCGUAUGGGGGUGCGGUGCAGCGUAUGUGCUUGCGGUGCAGCGUAUGUGCGUGCGGUGCAGCGUAUGUGCGUGUGGUGCAGCGUAUGUGCGUGCGGUGCAGCGUAGGUGCGUGCGGUGCAGCGUAUGUGCGUGCGGUGCAGCGUAGCGUAUGUGCGUGCGGUGCAGCGUAUGUGGGUGCGGUGCAGCGUAGGUGCUUGCGGUGCAGCGUAGGUGCUUGCGGUGCAGCGUAUGUGUGUGCGGUGCAGCGUAGCGUAUGUGCGUGCGGUGCAGCGUAUGUGCGUGCGGUGCAGCGUAUGUGCGUGCGGUGCAGCGUAGGUGCGUGCGGUGCAGCGAAUGGGGGUGCGGUGCAGCGUAGGUGCUUGCGGUGCAGCGUAGGUGCUUGCGGUGCAGUGUAUGUGCGUGCGGUGCAGCGUAGCGUAGGUGCGUGCGGUGCAGCGUAUGUGGGUGCGGUGCAGCGUAGGUGCGUGCGGUGCAGCGUAGCGUAUGUGCGUGCGGUGCAGCGUAGGUGCGUGCGGUGCAGCGUAGUCAAUGCCGCUGCUGUAAGAGGAGCAGAAGAGAGGAGGGCAGCAGAAGAGAGGAGGGCAACAGAAGAGAGGAGGGCAGCAGAAGAGAGGAGGGCAGCAGAAGAGAGGAGGGCAGCAGAAGAGAGGAGGACAGCAGAAGAGAGGAGGGCAGCAGAAGAGAGGAGGGCAGCAGAAGAGAGGAGGGCAGCAGAAGAGAGGAGGGCAGCAGAAGAGAGGAGGGCAGCAGAAGAGAGGAGGGCAGCAGAAGAGAGGAGGACAGCAGAAGAGAGGAGGGCAGCAGAAGAGAGGAGGGCAGCAGAAGAGAGGAGGACAGCAGAAGAGAGGAGGGCAGCAGAAGAGAGGAAGGGACCAGAAGAGAAGAGCGCAGCAGAACAUGAGAGAAUUAAAGUUGUUUAUUCAAAGAAAUGCAGUUGGACUCCCAUUGCCGGCACUCCAAGCCACCGCCCUCCCAGCAGCACAGAGACUCCCACCAGCAGCCCUCCUAGCAGCAGCGAGACUCCCACCAGCAGCGAGACUCCCACCAGCAGACCUCCCAGCAGCAACGAGACUCCCACCAGCAGCCCUCCCAGCAGCAGCGACACUACCAUCGGCCGCACUCCCAUCAGCAGAGAGACUCCCAGCAGCAGCCCUCCCAGCAGCAGCGAGACUCCCAUCGGCGGCGCUCCCAGCUUCCCGUGA